UCCCAGGCAGUUAUAGAUGGUCUGUCUAAGAAGAGCGGCUGGUGCGUUAGGCAGGUGGAGCGCUGGUUCAGAAAGAGAAGAAACCAGGAUCGUCCCGGAGUACUGAAGAAGUUCAGAGAGGCUAGUUGGAGGUUUGUGUUCUAUCUGUUGGCGUUAAUUGGAGGAGUUGUGUCCCUGUAUGAUAAAGAAUGGUUUUAUGAUACGAGGGAAGUGUGGAAUGGAUUUCCAAAACAGACUAUGCUGGAUUCUCAGUACUGGUACUACAUCCUGGAGAUGAGCUUCUAUGGUUCGCUUCUCUUCAGAGUCACUUUUGAUGUCAAGAGGAAGGACUUUAAGGAACAGAUCAUCCACCAUUUGGCCACCCUGACGCUGCUGUCCUUCUCUUGGUGUGUCAACUACAUCCGUAUAGGAACCCUGGUGAUGCUCAUCCACGAUGCCUCCGACGUCCUGCUAGAGUCUGCCAAGUUGUUUAACUACGCCAAAUGGGAGAGAACCUGCAACAGUCUCUUUGUGGUGUUUGCCAUAGUGUUCAUGGUUACCCGACUGAUCAUCUUCCCAUUCUGGCUGAUCCACUGUACGUGGGUGUACCCCACACUCCAGUACCCCCCGUUCUUUGGUUACUACUUCUUCAACGCCAUGCUGGUGGUCCUCCUGUUCCUGCACAUCUUCUGGGCCUACCUCAUCCUGCGCAUGGUCAAGAAGUUCCUCUUCGGCAAAAUGACCAGAGAUGAAAGAAGUGAUGAUGAGGAGGAUGGUGAAGACAGCAGUCUGACUGAAGAGGAAAAGAGGAGGACAAAUAUCGUUACGGCAACGGUUCUUGACUGGGCACAAAGGAGGGCAACAACGGCUGCUUCAGACACUUAUCUCUCUGGAGAACGUCUGCCCAUCAAAAACCGUCUACUGACCAAGCUCAAGGCUGUGAUUGGCAGAGCCCUGCACCAGAGGCAGGGAGUGGUGGGAUCGAGGUCAUAGGAGAAGCUGGAACAACACAAAACAGAUUCCAUCCCAUAUGGAAAAACAACAGCAAGCAGACAAACAUUUAGAUUAAGAUUUAGACUCUAGAAUUUGGAAUGUAGCCUGGCAAAAAAAUAAAUACUUCACACACAGAAAGAGACCGUUUUUCUUGGCCUGUAGUUUCUUCCACGUCCAAACUCCUCUCAUCUUCAAGGAAAACAAUGUUGACGAUGGCACAGUUUCACAUGGAACCCUCCUCAGACAGCAAUGAGACAAAGACCAGAUAACCAAAACCAAAAAACACU